AUGAUGGCGCGAGUCACAGACAACGGAGCUGGCUCAGAGGCAUUCGCAGUGACUAACGGACUGAAUCGAGGCCGCGUCCUCGCGCCCACCCUCUUCAGUCUCAUAUUCUCUGCCAUGCUGUUGGACGCCUACCGUGAUGAACACCCCGGGAUCCGCAUAGCCUACAGGACGGACGGUCACCUUCUGAAUCAACGGCGGAUGCACUUCCAAUCACGCGUAUCCACAACCACCGUUCACGAACUUCUCUUCGCCGACGACUGA